AAACCAAGUGACAGCCCUGCCUGGCUACCUCUGACUCUGAGCAAUAUUUCCUCCUCUUUCUUUUUGGUUUUCUUAAUUUUUUGCAACUGUUCGGACGCCUCUCUCUCACUCACCGCCGGCGAUUACAGCAGGUCCAAAGCUUCUGACCAGGAUUAGUUUGGGCGAAACCUUGACGGAUUGUAGAUGGGAGAUAGUGAGGUUACAAUCAAGUGUAAGAAGACAGUUUUUGUGACUGUUGGAACUACUAGUUUUGAUGCUCUAGUGAAAGUGGUGGAUACAGAAGAGGUUAAAGAAGAGCUGUCAAGAAGAGGGUACACUGACCUUCUCAUUCAAAUGGGCCGUGGCUCCUAUAUUCCCUCAAAGUCUGAAGGAGAUGAUGACUCCAUUGCGGUAGAUUACUUCACUUUUUCAUCAAGCAUUGCAGAGUAUCUGAGAGCAGCAUCUCUUGUAAUUAGUCAUGCAGGUUCAGGGAGCAUAUUUGAGACAUUGCAGCUUAGGAAGCCCUUAAUUGUCGUGGUUAAUGAAGAUUUGAUGGACAACCAUCAAAGUGAGUUGGCAGAAGAACUAACAGACAGGAAGCAUCUGUACUAUGCUCACCCACAGACACUUUGUCGCAUUAUAGCAGAUAUGGAAGUGGAGUCCCUCACUCCAUACCAUCCAGGUGAUGCCACCCCAGUUGCCAAGCAUAUCAAUAGGUUUCUUGGUUUUGCAGAGGAUUGAUGGAAGUGUAUGACCUUUUUACUUGAACCGAAUAUAUCCAUAAGAUACUAAUUUUGCAUAAUCAAGAAUUCUUUCUCGCUGGGCAUGGAUGUCUAAUGGACUAUGGAUUGAUCAUCAUGGUUUUUCAUAUACCAUACUUGAUCUAUAGUUUUGGCGGGUUUCUCAGCGGAGCUUUAUUCAUGCCAAUGUUUGGUCUGGUUGUAAAUGGCAACUUCAUAGAUAAGUGGCUGUUUAGUGGUACAUUAAUUUGAAAGCAUGUAACUUCAUGAUGUAUUACCUUAUAAGAUGGAUGGAUCAGACAUAGAUGGAUGUAGCAAAUGAAAACCUUCCUUGAUUCCAUGUAAUAGGUUGUAUGCUUAUUUUUCUGGAACAGCAGCUCCCAUUAUGCUGUCUAGUUAUUAGAUAUAUUUCGGAGUUUCUAGUUGCUUAUUAUUA